GAAUAAUAACACAUAAGAGACAAUCGUACUGGCGUAUCCUCCAUCACCGGGCUAAUCAGUGACUCCAAAUGCUGCUAACAGUCUGUGAAGCAGGAGGAAGAGGAAGUGAACAUCCAGCUCAAGGAGGAGACAGAGGGCGACAUCACCAAAUGGAACAUUGGCUGUGGAUUAUUCUUGCUGCUCUUUUCUUUGAGUGUAAAGGAGAAGACAAAGUGAUGCAGCCAGCAGGAGAUGUGACUGCUGCUGAAGGAGACACAGUUACACUUGGAUGCACAUAUGAAACAACAGCUUCAUAUUCAUAUCUAUUCUGGUACAAACAAGAAGCGAAGGACUUUCCAAAUUAUGUUUUACAGCGUGGCACUACUGGAACAGCAGAUAAUGCUCCAAAGUUCCCAAAAGACAAAUUUAAUGCUGAGCUCAACAAGACAUCAGUUCCUCUGAAGAUCCAGAAGCUUCAGCUGUCUGACUCUGCUGUGUACUACUGUGCUCUGAGGCCCACUGCUCUAACAUUUGGAAAUCCGAUCCGUCUCACCAUCAAACCUAAAGAUCCUCCAAAAGUAUCCCCGACCCUUUUUGUUCUGACCCCACUGCAGCCUUUGCCAGCUGAUAAGCUGGGUCCAGAGGUCUGUCUGGCCACUGAUUUUUAUCCAAAGGAAGGUGAAAUGAUUAUGAAUGUUAAGGGGGGUCCGGUCAGUGUGAACAUCAGCAACGCCGUUCUGUCCCCAAAGACUAAAACCUACUACUUUAUUGGAUUCAGCAAUGAGACCAUCCACUCCUGCGAGCUGCAAAGAGUGUCUUCAAGUAAUGAAGCUGAUGACCACUGCACCAGCAUCUAUCCAGAAAAAGCAAAGCUCAACUUCUACCUGCUGGUGAUGAAUGGUGUCAGGGUGCUGUUCACCAAAACUUUGGCCUUCAACACCAUCCUGACCAUCAGAGGUUUGAUCUUCUAACUCUGAGCUCCACGCGGCUCCACCUCCUGCACACCGCCGUCCAUCAGCAGGAAGGGGAAGAUAAAAAGCUUCAGCAGAUUCUGGAUCAGAGCUUCACUGUCAGUUUCUUUCUGCUCAUUUUGAUAAAAAGUACAAAGCUCCUGUCAGAGAGACAUUCAGGAAAUGUGCUGUAAAUAUUUGGUCACAAACAUUAAUUUUUUUUAAAAUCUGAUUUUAGGAUCAUUCAAAUUCCAACAAAAUCUAAAAGUCAAAACACACACAGAGAGAAAUUUUUACCCAAAUUGAGAAACAUGACAAUUACUAAUUCACAUUUUGAGUUAUAAUUUUGUUGUAUUUUAGAAAAGUUUGCAUAAAAGUGCAAUAAAUAUUAAUUAGAAACUGAAAAGUCAGUUAAAUGUACAAAAUUAUUCAUAUUUGAAAAAAAAACACACGAAAGACAGAAAAGUAAAAACAUGAACUUUGCUGAGCAAAGACUGAACCUCACUAUGCAAAGUGUCAGGACUUUUCUUAAGUCACAAUUUGGAACUAAAAUUGAAUCAAAAAUGUGUUACAGGACAUGUUUGUUUAAAAGAAAUGGUCUUUAAUUUUUUUACAGGCACAAAAUAUUAAUUUAUGGAACAGAAAAAUGCACUCAUGGCCCCAAAAAGCUGCAUUUACUGAAAGAGAAGUUCACAAAGAAGAAAAGCAUCACAUUCAGUGUAAUCAGUCUUUGUUGAUCUUGUGAGUGUGUGUUGUGUUGUGUACAUUUCCCUGGAGCUUUCUCUUCACUGUGUUUUGUCCUGUCGAGCUGCUGUAAAUAAAACCUGAGUGUGACCUCUGAGGCAUCUGUAACACCCUCAGUGUGUCUGCAUCACAGCUGUUUUCACAUAUAUUAAGUGAUUUUGUGUAUUAGUUCUUGUAGUUUACAAUAACAGUUAUUCAUCUUUAUGUCUUUACAUUUUAUUCUCCUCUUAAAAUUUCAUUUUAGCCACUUUCCUUGUUUCCACAUUGAAACAUUGUUUGCCUCUAAUAAA